AUGACUUCACCUACCCUAAUAAACCUCUUAACUAUAGCACUAUCCUACGUACUUCCUAUCCUAAUCGCCGUGGCCUUCUUAACACUUGUAGAACGAAAAAUCCUUAGCUACAUACAGGCCCGAAAGGGCCCAAACAUUGUGGGCCCUUUUGGUCUACUCCAACCCAUCGCAGAUGGAGUAAAACUCUUCAUUAAAGAACCCAUCCGUCCAUCCACCUCCUCUCCCUUCCUCUUCAUUAUAACACCAAUCUUAGCCCUUCUCCUAGCCCUCACUAUUUGAGCCCCUCUCCCACUACCCUUUCCCCUCGCAGACUUAAACUUAGGAUUACUGUUCCUCCUAGCCAUAUCAAGCCUAACUGUCUACUCGCUCUUAUGGUCUGGGUGGGCUUCUAACUCUAAAUACGCCUUAAUCGGGGCCUUACGAGCUGUUGCUCAAACAAUCUCAUAUGAAGUUACCCUAGCCAUCAUCCUUCUAGCCACAAUUAUAUUAAGUGGAAACUAUACCCUAACCACUCUAGCCACCACCCAAGAACCUAUCUACCUUAUUUUCCCCUCAUGACCCCUAACAAUAAUAUGAUUUAUUUCCACUCUUGCCGAAACUAACCGAGCCCCAUUCGACCUCACAGAAGGAGAAUCCGAACUCGUCUCAGGAUUUAACGUUGAAUAUGCUGCUGGACCAUUCGCCCUAUUUUUCCUAGCCGAAUAUGCCAACAUUAUGUUUAUAAACACACUAACAACUAUCCUCUUCCUCAACCCAAGCUUCCUAAACCUCCCAUCCGAACUCUUCUCCAUCGCACUAGCCACAAAAGUCCUCCUCCUCUCAUCCUCUUUCUUAUGAAUUCGAGCCUCAUAUCCACGAUUUCGUUACGACCAACUAAUGCACCUCCUAUGAAAAAACUUCCUACCCCUAACCCUAGCCCUAUGUCUCUGACAUACCAGCAUACCAAUUAGUUACGCUGGUCUCCCCCCUAUCUAA